AUGGAUGCGCCAGUGGAGUUUGCAAAGUUGGAGGACGUCCAAGGCCUGAAGUUUCAGCACGCGCUAGUGGUACCCAGCUCCAGUUACGAGCACGGCGGCCUUGAAGGCACGCUGUCGAGUCUGGUGGUUGGUAAGUACAACGUGCUGAUACAGUACGGUGGGCCAGUAGCCAAGUUCUACCACCUGCAGAGGGUGAUAGACGAAAAGGGCGUAAGUGAAGGUAACUUGUUGAUGACGCUGGAUGUUGGCGCAAGAAUCGUGAGUAUGGCCAGUGGCAGUGCAACUUCUAGAGCAGAUAACAAUUAUGGAAAUAAUGGAAACAUGAAUAGGAACAGGGGUGGCAGUGUUGACAAAGAAGAUAAUAGAAUGUGGUACAGGGUAACGAGUGAGAAUGAAACACUAAUGUUGUUUGUCGUAGACGCAGCUGGUACAAUGGCACUGAUAAAUGUGGGAACAGGAGAGGCAAUGUUCGAGACUAAGUUGAUAGGUCAAGGGCCACAUCAUAAUGGUAUUGGAGUGAGCCACGGAAGCCAGGAUAGAGUAAGACUUGUGGGAAAUGUGGAUAACAAAAGAGUUUUGAUAGUGACAAGGUCUGACAAGAUGUAUCUGGUGGAUUUGAGUGCAGAUGGUAGCAAUGGUGCGGAUAGAAAUAGGGUAUCUCAGCUAACAAUAAAAAACGCAAGAGAUGGGUCGGACGACACACUCUCGGAAACGUUGAAUGGAGAUUACGACGUGGUGGGAUGCCACAUUGUUAAUGACAGAGUGCUCCUGGGAAUAAUAGUGCCAUUCUACGAUGAUAACCUGGUGCUGAUAUGUAGCCUGGGUGUUGAAAGAAGUGGCAGCAGGGAGCUGGUGCCGCUGGGAUACUGCUACAAUGAGUUCUUUUUCACGAGUGCCGAAGAUGAUCGUUUUGACGGCGAAAGUGGCGAAGAGGAGAUUCUGAUCGCGUUCAAGCACGUGGAAAAGUGGGACCUGUUCAUAGCGUAUUCAAACAGGUCGACGACGACAGUGCUCAUAACCAGCAACAGUAGGCUGAGGGAGGGAGCGACGACGGCAGACACAGCAGGUGAGGGCGGUAGCGGGCCUGAGUACAACGCGCUCCUGAUGGCCGAGGGCUACGCGCUGGGAAGCAACGAGUUCGAAAACCACGUCCUUGACCUCUUCGUCUACGCCAACUACAAAAAUGAGAUUUAUCGCAACGACUCGCUGGAGGACACGCCCACGCUCAAGGACCCAGUCGUCGUGGGCCUGGCGACCAACAGCGGCGAGGUACUGAUGUUUUACGUGGACAGGCACGUGUUGGGGGCCGACAACAAGGAGGAGGAGAUACUGUGUGGACUGUAUAACAAGGAAAGGGAUGUGUCAAUCAGCAGGAGUGGCAGUAGUACCAGUAGUGGAGGGGAUAGCGAUGUCGCUAAGGGAGACGUCCAGAAGUUCCUGGCGCAGUACUACAAGGAAGGCUUCCUCGAAUACCGGGAGGACAAGAGGCAGUUCAAGUUGCACGAGGCGCUCUGCAACUCGCUGGAGUACUUUAACGCCUCGCUCGAACAAGUCCUCGACGCAGAAUACGACGCCGGCGACGGGAGUCCGAUCAGAGUGAGCAAUAGCAUCAAGGGAGGCUACAACGUCGACUGUAAGCUGGACAAGCUGAAGGACUACAACCUCAUCAUCAAAAAGCUGCUGAACAUCCAGCAGGACCUCGCAAACGCACUCUACAAAAUCAGCGCGCCAGGCAGCCCAGUGGACGCGAACGAGGGAGGGACCAGCGGGUCUGAGACGCCGUUGCCGCGCACCGCUGACCUUAACGGGAACGCAAACGACAAGGACAGCGGCAAGGAACUGAUGGAUAAAAUGUACAACCUGCUCGACAACCUGGAGCUGCAGUCGAUGGAGUCAGUCUCUGCGGAAAAUCUGAAGGAGGUAGAGUCGAGUCUGACGUACAUUAACGCAUCACUGAACAGCCUGUACAGACGCUUCGACGGCCUGGAGAACAAGCUGCUAGACGUGCACAACCAGAUGGUGUUCAACGAAAUAGGAGGAGGCGACGCCAGCAAGACGUUGCUCCCCAAGUACCGCGAACAGCUGCCGGAGCCCAGUCCGACCGACAGCCCUGCUAAGGCCGUCGUAGGCGGCGUUAGCAGCGCUGGCAGGAGCAGCAGCAGCCUGGUGGAGAGGAAGCUGGAUCGCCUGGUGGACGACAUCGUCCGCCUCUACAACAGGCCGCUGCUGGACUUGACCUCGGAACUGGGCAACUUGAGGCUGCGCAGCGGGGCCCUGGGAGCGCAAGGUGGCGCUCUGGGCGAGGGCCCGAGUGGGCUCCGCGGAGGGGCUAAGCUGAAGUACAACAACUACGACGUGCUGUUCAAGGGAUCAGGUGGCACCGUCAAUCUGCCUUCAGGCUCCGCCGCAGAGCAGAGCGCACCCAGGAGCCUGUUCCCUGGCUCGAGAGUGGCGCCGUCGGAGUCAGACAGGAGUGCCACCCUUACCUCAGGGGGCCAGGGCAAAGAGAAGGCUUUAGGCAGAGGUAAAGUGGCCGGCACAAGUUCAGCUACCACAGCCACUGGAGCAUUUGCGUCCGGACCAUCGAAAACGUUUAGUGCUCCCACUGCAGCUGGGUCGCAUACAAAUACCGGAGUCGGCGCCGGAGUCGGCAUCGGUACCGGUGUUGACAAAGGCGAUGGUGGCAAGACUACCGUUCCCAGUAUUUUUGGAACCAGUGUCCUUGACAGUAGCUUAACUGGUGCCAGCGCAAUUCCAGGCUGUAGCGCCAGUGCUGCUGUUGGAGCCUCUGCUCCUGGAGGCGCUGGCGGCGAGGCAGGCAAGGUAAAAUUUGGACAGACGGCGAGUCUGCUGUCAGGGUAUAACCUGGUGCCCAGCUCACUCGAGACGCCAAACGCAGGCGGAGCGGCCUCUGGUGGCAUUGGUGGCAGCGCGAACGCGGGUUCUGAGCCCAGUGGCACCUCGGCGUUUGCCGGAUUCAAUACGAACAAGUCGCUGCUGGACAUUGCACUCAACUCAUCGCAGGGCGCCUGCACGGCUGCGAACACGCUAGGAGGUGCGUUUCCAGCCACCGCUGGCUUCAGUGCAACUGGAGCCACAGGAACCACAGGAGCCCUAGGAGCCACCGGUGUUGUGGGCGGCUUCGUCGGCGCUGGCGUUUCUGCGGGUGCCCUCGGCAGCUCCUUUUUCAACUCGAGUGGCAACGCAGGAACUGGCGCCGGUAGCCUGGGCCCCAGCAGCAGUCUGCUCGCACCAGGGUCCCCGAGCGCCUUUCGCAGCGGCACCAGCUCGCCCUUUGGCGGAAACGACGGCUCAUCCGGCUGGUUCUCCUCAUUAAGUGGCUCAGUUUCCCGCGGCUCCUUCACGGGGGCUGGCAACUUUGCGGCAAACUCGUUUACAGCUUCCAGCUCCUUGUUCGGCUCAAGCCCGACCUCGGACAACAGCUCCCUGUUCAGCCAGGGCGCCGGCAGCGCCGGAACUGUCUCCUCGAGCAGCAUUUUCGGCUCGAGCUCCGGCAACCUCUUCGGCGGCCCAGCCUACUCCAGCGGUCUUUCCAUCUUCAGCACGAGCGCCGGUAGCGUCUCCGCCUCAUCCACCAGUAACAGCACAGUCGGCGGCCGCAGCGUCUUCGGAACGGGUCCUCCCGCUGGCACUUCUGCCCCAAACCCUGUCGGCGCGAGCCUGAGUGGCGACCUUUGGGGGACGAGUCGGCGUUCGAACCCGCUGGACUAG